ACGCGUUCCCUUUUAAACGGGAGGUGGUGGCCCAGGGGGUGUCCUCUUUGCCAAGCCCGCUUCCUCUGCCGAAGGGUCUGCAUUGCUCCACCACCAUGAAUCCUACCCAGGAGGGACGAAUUGCGAUUAUUGGCAGUGGACUCAUUGGGAGCAGCUGGGCCAUGGUUUUUGCAUCUGGUGGUUUUCAAGUAAAGCUUUAUGAUACUGUGGAAGCACAGGUUACAGAAAGCUUGAAAAAAAUUGGUGAACAAAUGAAAGAACUUGAAACAGCUGGAAUGCUGAAAGGUUCCCUCAAAGCUGACCGACAGAUCACUCUCAUUAGCGGUUGCACAGAUUUAAAAGAAGCUGUCAAAGAUGCCAUUUAUGUCCAGGAGUGUAUUCCUGAGAAUGUAGAAGUGAAAAAGAAGAUUUUUUCUCAGUUAGAUCUGAUAGUCAAUAAUGAGACUAUCCUAGCUAGUUCAACCUCGACUCUGUUGCCUACAAAAUUAUUCACUGGACUGAAGCAUGUGAAGCAGUGUAUAGUUGCGCAUCCUGUAAAUCCACCAUAUUAUGUGCCACUUGUUGAAUUAGUUCCUCAUCCAGAAACAGAUCCUUCUACAAUGGAGAAAACCUAUGCUUUGAUGAAGAAUAUAGGACAAUCACCAGUUAAAUUAACAAGAGAGAUAGAUGGGUUUAUUCUGAACCGACUUCAGUAUGCUCUUAUUAGUGAAUCAUGGAGACUUGUUGGGGAUGGAGUAAUAUCACCAGAUGAUCUAGACCUUGUGAUGUCUGAUGGCUUGGGAAUGCGCUAUGCAUUUAUGGGACCUCUGGAAACAAUGCACUUAAAUGCCGAAGGAAUGCUGAAUUAUUGCGAUAGAUACCGGGCAGGUAUGAUCCAUGUCUUGAAAACCUUUGGGCCUAUACCAGAUUUUGCUGGGGAAACAGAACAGAAAAUCAAUGAGGCCAUGGUUAAAAAAACUCCAAGUGAUCCGGAGCACCUAAAUGCCAGGAGACAGUGGAGAGAUGAAUGCCUCGUGCGCCUGGCCAAACUGAAAAAGGAUAUUAAAUCGGAUGACGUGAACCACUUUUAAAUCACAGAAAAGGGCAUCAUCAAGUUGGCAUUCAAGAGGACGCCUCCCUUCCAUGGCCAAACAUUACACAUGCAAAAGCCAGUUGAACCACUUAAGACAAUUAUUUAAGGCUGGAACGUUUUUAUCUGAAAACUUUUCUAAAUGAUAUUUUAAAGCCACAGUCUUAAACCGCUUGGUUGAGAGUCUGGGGAGAUUGUUAGUCCUCCUGGUCAUAGUUGUCUCAAAGAUGCUUUUCCUUUUUUGCCUUCAAAAGGCAAUUGGACUGCUUUCCCCCCUCUUUUUCCUCAAGGAAUGCAGAAAAAAAACCCUAGUCCAGUUGCCUUUUGGGGGGGAAAAAAGCACCUUUGAACCCCUUGCUUGAAGAUGCUUGCAUUUUGUGGGAGGGCUGCAUAGAAAUGUAUUUCUUGAGAGCAGUUUGCAAUUUUCCCCGUUGAAACAAAUGGGGUGCAAAGCAAAAUCAAUUUUAAACAAGAUGCUGAACUUCAAAAAACUGCAUUGCUCAUAAUGAAAAGUAUUUUUUAUAUAGAGGUAGUCUUUUUAACUUGCAAUUGGGUCAUAAUUGAGCCCAGAAUUAAGGUUGUAAGUCAUCUAUAUCUGAUUUUAUAACUUUUUUUGUGUAGCAGUCAUUAAAUAAACGCUGUCAUUAAAACAUCAAAUUUUCUGCAAUGGGCACCUUUUGCCAGAAACUGGAAGUAAAUGCUGGUUCCCAGAAAACCCAUAAAUCACAGUCACAUGACCGUGGAAUCCUGCAAAUGGUGCUAAAUAUGGCCUGGUUGUAGAGUGCCCAAAAUACAAUCACAUGACCACAGCGGGAGGGAAUGGCCAUCAGAACCUCAAAUCCAGGUUGCAUCUUUUUUUUAGGGGGCGGGAUUGUCCAUCAUAACUAUGAACAGUUGCUAAGAGACCAGUCUUAAGUAAAGGACUACCUGUAUCAGUUUUUGCUUCAUAUUACUCUUAAGC